AUAUAAUGACUUAUAUAUAUUAUUUUGGUUUUGCAGUUGCACGACAAAGAAUCACUCAAUUGGAAUCUGAUUUAGCUGCGUUUGUGGGUGCUCAAGCGGAUGCUGAGGAUCAUCUUGCAGAGGCGGUUACUCGAGCAAAAAAUGCAGAGGAACAAUAUCAACGCGCUUUUACUAAGAAUGCAAACACGUUAUUGGAGACAUAUACUGAGUUCAAGAAAUUUUAUCAAAGACUGCUUGAGGAGCUUUGGGCAGCUAAGGUACUGAGCGAUAGGGUCCUACAGGAGCAGAAAAGCAUCGCUCGUGAAUCUAGACGUGCGGCAACUGGUGCAUCUACUUCUGAGAACGUCUCAAUCCUUAUUGCUUCUGUUACUGCUAGAGGUACAUAUGAAGUGGCGGCCCCUAUUAUUGCUACUGUUAUUUCGACCUUGGCUCCGACUGUCAAAACUGCUGCCCCUGCUGGUGUUUUAUCUGUUGCGAAUGCCCCUGUUUCUACCAUAGAUACUACUGUCUCAGUCGUUGGAUCUGUUUAAGGUGCUGCAUGAACACUGAAGUGGAGCAUCAUGUAGAACAAGUGAAAGAGGUGACAUAGAGCUGGUUUAUCCGCUCGAUAUUUCUUUUGAUCUUCUUGUAUGGAGUUAUCUCAUACUAUGGUUGUAUAUUUUGAGUACU